GCUCUUCAUCAAUAUUAAACUCCGCGCUUGAAUCCAACCCCCAGAUCUGCGCGCGUCUUCUGCUUUAACCGUAAAAUGAGUUUCAGUGCAGUGACUCCGUGCGUCUCCACAGCUCAUCUCUCGGAGUCCACAACGCUGAGUCGAGUGGCUGUUGACGUGAAACGCUCCGCCAUCCUGCCCUGCACUCACACCGUCCACAAAGGUCUCAUUGAGGUCACAUGGAGAGCAGGCAGUGAGGAACUGGUCGCUUCUUACCUGCAGGGGAAAUCGGUACAGGUGCCCCACUGAGACGCACACUUCUGCUGUCCUCAUGAAGUCCAGCGCUCUGCUGAUCGUAUUCUGUCUCUCUUUCAUCCGUCUCACAGGGUCUCCCUCGCAGUCUUUCACUCAUGUGAUCGCAACCCCCAACGGCACGGUCACCCUGCCCUGCAACGGGACCUUCCGCAGCAAGUUGACCGCGGUCGUAUGGGAGUCGGACGGCGGAGUCCGAGUCGCUCGUUACUACCAAGGGAAACUGGAACCAGGUCCCGGGUUCGAGAACAGAGUCCAUCUGUCCAAGGAGGGGAUUGAAAGCGGAAACUUCUCCCUCACCAUCAGCCCUGUCGAGUACAUGGAUGGAGACUUUUUCAGUUACAGAUGCAUGAUCAAGACCGGGAAGGAAACAGAACUUCGGGACUUCGGGGAUGUUCGACUAGAAGUGUUAGAGCCCAGAGAGGUGUCCGCGCUGGUGGGGGACCCCGUUUCCCUCCCCUGCUACGCCGCUGUGGACGGACAGCUUCACGUCCGCUGGGAGAAGGACAGACAAGUUGUGGUGGAGGUUCAGUCUGGAACCUUCCAUCAUGGUCCCGGGUUCAAAGACAGGGUCACUCUGUCUAAUGACAGGAUUCGACAUGGUGACCUGUCCCUGUCCUUCAACACGACACGUGGGUCGGACCAGGGCACCUUCCGAUGCUUCUCCGGCGGAAAAGGGCAAAAAAACAUAAUCGUUCUCUCCGUUAAAGCCCGUGAGGACAACCUCACUGUCUUAGAGGGUGAUUCCAUCACCCUGCCGCUCCGCUCUACAGAACCAGUGAGAGUCCAGUUCUCCAGCGCUGGUGAUCAGUCGACUGGCGUGUCUGUGUGCGUGGUGGAAGGAGGUUUACCGCGGUGUGAGACACAGUACAACCACAGGGUGUCCAUCCAGAACGGGAGUCUCCAUUUGCAGCAAGCGUCACCAUCUGAUAGAGGUGUGUACAGAGUCAUGGACCGCAGGACAAACGACACCAUCAGCAUCUUCACCGUGGAUGUUAUUGAAGAUUGGACACUUGCAGGAUUUAUCGCGGGGUUUUUCCUGGGAUUUUUUCUCCGCCUGGUUGAAGACAAGAUGUUGAUCCUCCGGCCGGACCUGCGGCUGCUGCUGACGAUGGUUCUGUCGUUGAUGCCAGUAGUGCUAUUUAAUCAGGUGCAGCUAGAAGGACAGCAGCUGAAGGUUGAGCGGGGGGUCCUGCUGGGGGUGAUCAUGGGGCUGGUGAUGGGGGUGGUGCUGCUGUUUUGUGGAAAGAUGGCGUGGCGGUGGGUGCGUUCGCACGUCUCCGGGUUUCGGAGGCCGAAGGAUGACGCGCGCCUUUCGGCGCCUUCUGCGUGCGUGUGCUCCUCCCCCCCUGCUGAGAAGCUGCCGGAGAAAAGGCUUCCCCGGGAGGUGAUGGGGGGCCCGGGUGAUGAGGAGGCCUCUCGUCCCCUGAACGGCGAGGCCAAAGCCUAGAAGGCGCGACUGCGGUUACUUCAUGUGCAGAACUGGGCAAAAAAAGCUGUAAAGAGAAAAAAGCUUCCAAAAAUAAUGCUCUUAAUUAAUUAACUUCCUACA